AUGGAGCAUGGUUCACAAAGGCAGAAGAAGGAAGACCUUUCAAGAAAACACAACUUUAUUGGCGUGAGGCAGAGGCCUUCUGGGAAAUGGGUGGCAGAAAUCAAGAAUUCAUCUCACAAAAUCAGAUUGUGGCUCGGCACAUUCCAUACAGCCGAGGAGGCAGCUAGGGCCUAUGACGAAGCUGCCUGCCUCCUCCGAGGCAAUAAUACCAGAACCAAUUUUCUUACCCAUCUCCCAUUCCCUACAUCUUCCAUAUCUCUCAGAAUCAGAAACCUUCUUAACCAAAAGAAACCAUCCAAACAGAACCCUGCUGCAAUCGCCUCAAAAACAAUAACCAAUGAUGUAGGGAACUGUAAUGCGGGUUUGACUCGAAUUGAUCAAUCGCUAACUGAAUUAUCAGCCCAGCAUGAUCAAAGGCUGUGCUUACCUGAAAAGCAGACACCAGUAUCUUUGCCUUCAUUUAACUUGGAUGAUUCUGAUGCUUUCUGGGAUUAUCCCAUGCUAAAUGAAUUGUUCUACCAAUUUAAUUGA